AUGACGGGACCGAACCUGCAUUUGGACUCCAGUCUGGGCUCUUUUCUUGUUGGGCUUAUGCUUUCCACCAUGUUGUAUAUUACUUCUUCCACUACCGUAAAGACAAGUGGUUUCUCCAAGUACUGGACACUUGAUACAAUGGUGACGGCAGCAGAUAUCCAGUUCAUAUGGAAAUUGGUGGUGACAAACCAUGCCAGUCCAUCCACCUUGUUCCCGUUGGCAAGGUAUUUUCUUAUUGUCACGGACAUUGUUUAUGCCUCAGCAUCCUGCAAAUUGCGCAAGUUGUCACUUGUAUGCAAACUCACUCAUGACCAUGUGGGUGAACGUCGACUCGUCUACUGCCACUUAUGUUGA